GUCCUCACUGAAGUACUACCACCAUCGACAGAUGAACUGCAUCCUUCAUGGACACGACAAGCAAGCACCGCAAGAAAUCUCGUGAAACUCGAGGGCUGUCCCAGUCCAGCCUUGCGUCUGCUUCAAUCCAGUACCUGCUCUCCUUGCUCUCAAAGUUUCUGAAGCCUUUUGCGCCCAAAAUAAUACCUCUUGUUGUCUUCAUUUUCUUGAUCCCUUUGUCAUUGUGUCUUUCUGGCUUCGCAGGAUGGAUAGUAUGGAAGAACGUCGCUGUUUCCUGGGAAUAUCCGUUGUUUCUUCAAUACGGAGAUGGUCUAGCUCCAUAUGCAGAGAGUAGUCUUCCUCAGCUGGUAUCACAACAGCCCUAUGAUAUACUGCUACACCUUGUCGUUCCCGCUACUGAAUCGAAUCUCGCAUUGGGAAACUUCAUGGCGUCAUUGAGACUGUCAUCGGACAGUAACCAAACGUUAGCGGUCGUUCGCCGUCCAGCCAUUGUAUUGCCAUCUCGUCCUUCCUUUUUCUCUGGCAAACCUUCAACCUUUAACAUAGACAUCCCCCUUCUGCAUUCCUACACGUUUGGGACGUCUAAUGCGAAUGCUCAUAUACAGCUUGGCCGACAGGAUGGCUGGAAGACACUGGGUAGCGGUGAAGGUCGUGAACUGUCUGUCUCUGAUGCAUACCUCCGUGGUAUUCUCGUCCAUCGGGGAAUACGGGGUCUUGUAACCCGUUUCCCACUCAUUUCAGCUGCGAUAUCCUCAAUGAUCUUCCUUGUCAUCCUACUGGCGAUGAUCAGUUUAUGUAUUCUUCCUACCAUGUUGUCGGAGCCUGUAGGGAAAAGAUACAUUGAUGAUGUCGGAAGCGAGCCUUUCGAUGACGAAAAGCCCCCGAGAAGACCUUCUCCUAAACGAGAAACCUCUAGUAGGAGAAGGACUUCGGGGAAGGCUAGAUCAAGGAGAAGUUCAAGCGGAAGAUCGGUGAAAGGAGAACGUUCGGACCAGCCGAUACCAUCUGGAUCUGGAGAGAGUUCAAGUCAUCUUCGACGGCGUCGGUCGCGUUUGUCAGAAGGAUUGUCUGACUCUGAGUGAACUUGGAUGAAUUAGUACUUUACGCUUUGUUUCGAUAGUGUUGUAAAUCGUCACCUCAUUUUUUUUCAUAUAAAACUGCUUGCCAUGAUUCCAC